CAAAGGAAGUUUUAGAGGGAGGAAAAGCCGCUCUGGCUUUAGUCAAAGAUGCGUUUGAUGUGGCGCAGACCACAAAAACGCUGGCAGACAUAACAAAGAAGAUUGCGCAGGGCAUGAGCAUGUUGCCGAGUGCUUUAGGUCUGAUGUUCUCCUUUGUCAACAUCAUCUUGGCCUUCAUUCCUCAGGAGAGCCCCACAGACCAGCUGCAGGCUGAUCUGGAUGAGGUGAACAGGAAGCUGGACUCUCUCUCCAUGGAGAUCUCCAACCUGGCAACGGAUGUGGAAUGGCACAACUACGCCAGUGUCUACUCUCAGGACGAGGUCCGCAUCCUCAAUGCCUGGAAGAACUUCAAUGACAUCCUCAAGAUUUCAAUGUCAGCACAGAGCGAGGAGCAAAAGAUCCGUCUGGCUGAGAUGUUCACCACCUUCUAUGAGAACACGGCCACUGAAGGCAGCGUGGCCAGCCUCUACCACUACCUGACCGUCAGGGGCACGUCUCUCAGCAAGAACCUGCUCGACAUCCUGACCAGGAAGUCUAAAUGUAGCAUUACUGACAUAGGCAUGUACAGCAUCUAUUUCAACAGCCUGAUGUAUAGGGGGAUGUUCCUCAACCAGGUCUACUGGAGUCUGAUGGGUUUCAACCUGUCAGUCAAGGCAGCUGAAUACACCUCAAUGAUGAAAAAAAUCGUCAAUGCUGAGAAAGAAGCUGUGAACAAUUGCAAGAGCAAGUAUGAGGAGUACAUGAAGAAGGAGGUGGUGGAUAUCAGCAAAAAACACAGCAACAGUGACAAAGAAGAAAUUGCUAGACAGAUAAAAUGGGCAUUGGACAAGAAGUACUUCUGGUAUGAAUGGGUGGUGGUGGUGUAUGACACAAAGCAGAAGUACCCUGAUGAAACUUAUGGUUUCACUGUAAUCCCAAUGGAGAAGAUCACCGUCGCCAUGCAGUUUGAGUCCAACCAAUGGGUGUGUGAAUGUCCAGACGGUUACGAUGGAUACACAUGUGAGAAAAAAAUUCCAACCUUCAGUCAGGACAUCAAGAAAUUUGUGUCUGAACCUCUGCCUGCCAUCAGCACCAUGGACGCCAAGCUGAAUAAAGUCAGUGACACAGUGAGCACCUUGAAGGAAUCUCUUGAUAAGAUUUACUCACUCCUGCAGCAGAAUGGCUGA